AUGUCAAGCAUAGAUGAGGAGUGGCCUAACAAGGAGUAUAAAGGAGACAAUCAAGGAAGACGGAACAAUGACCAAUGUGUGAGGUAUAAUGAUCAGAUGGGAAGGUAUAACAACCAACGAUUUGGAGAGAGAAUACCAAACGGUCCCAUGUUUGAAGGUGUGAAACUCCCAAAGCUUAAUACAUCAAUAGAUAAAAUCUGGGAAUCAGACAUAUUAUCUGAAGAAAUCCUUGAUCUAGCGCCGAAAUGUAGCUGUUUCUACAAAGGGCUUGAAGCACAUCUCGGUCAUAGAGUUGAUACGGACGGUAAAGAAUCAAGAUCACCGAGGGACACUGCCGGACAUGGUACACAUUGUGCAGCUACUGCAGCUGGAACUCCCGUCAAAAACGCCGGGUUUCAUAAUUAUUCCGUCGGAGAAGCCAAAGGAAUCGCAACUAGAGCUAGACUUGCUUCUUACAAGGUGUUGUGGAACAUCGGAGCUGUGGAUUCUGACAUGCUAGCUGCUAUUGAUCAAGGUGUUAAUGAUGGAGUUGAUGUCAUGUCUUUCUCACUCGGUAAAUCCUAUGGUACCCCUCCAUACGACAAAGAUCCGGUAGCAAUUGCAACUUUUGGUGCAGUGGAGAAGGGAAUUCUGGUUUCUUGUUCCUCUGGAAACUAUGGCGCUCAAACUCCUAAAGUGAUUUCUAAUGUCGCACCAUGGAUGUUGACAGUUGGAUCGUCGACUAUGGAUAGGGAAUUUCGUGCUGAUGUGAUAUUAGGAGACGGACAAGUAUUCCCAGGUCUUUCAUUGUAUAAUAACGGGGUACACGAUACUUACUUAGAGAUUGUCUACAUUCAAAGCAGUGACGGUUCUUCUGAAACGUGCCUAGACGGAUCGUUAAGCGCAGCUCAAGUUGCCGGAAAAAUUGUAGUUUGUCUGAGUGAUGGGAGUGAGGUUGUCAAGGCGGCUGGUGGUUUUGGAAUGAUUCAGAUGGAGAUGGUUGACCAGUUUGAAGCAUUGCCGUCGAAUUUCUAUCGGAUACCGGCGACUCAAGUUACUAAAACUUCAGGCUUUAAGAUUAUAGAAUAUAUCACCACUAGUAAAAACCCAACGGCUAAAAUAAAUUUCCGAGGGACUGUAACUGGGUCUUCUUCAUCCACCGGUCCGAAUCCGUUAACACCAGAGAUUCUCAAACCGGAUGUUAUUGCACCCGGAGUUAAUAUUCUGGCUGCCAAGUCCGGGUCUGAUGCUGAAUUCGUACUCAUGACUGGUACUUCCAUGGCGUGCCCUCACGUCAGCGGAUUAGCUGCAAUGCUUCGAAAUGCUUUUCCUAAGUGGUCUCCGGCUGCCAUCAAAUCGGCUCUCAUGACAACUGCUUAUACUGUUGAUAAUUCAGACCCGAACAAAGCUCUAAACCCUGGUUUGGUGUACGAUAUUGCGCCUAGUGAUUACCAAGCUUUUCUUUGCACCAUUGGGUACACCGAAAUGCAGAUGAAGCUCUUCGUCAAGGAUAAUAGAAAGGUUGAUUGCGAUUUAGUCAGGUUAUCUAGUGCGGGUGAUCUGAAUUAUCCAUCGUUUUCUGUUGUUUUUAAAUCCGGAACCGACGACCGUUGUCAAGUAUAA